AUGUCCGAUCCCUCACUUCCUCGCCAGCGACCGCCGGAGAGGUCAGACGCGCUUUUCUUCAACCCUUCGCAAACAGUAUCUGAUCAUACAAGACCACCGCAGAAACAGCUUUCUACAAUAACCGCCCAGCAUGGAAGUCUAAGAGCUACCGACAGGCCUCUCUCCGAUGACCCAUUCGCUCUGAUCCCAGCCGCAUCCUACAGCGCGCUGGCACAGCUCUACCAACUUGUACGGCUUUGUAUAGGCGAUCAGUCCCAGAUCGCGCGUCUCCUUUCACACUUGCGACAACCGGGCCUUGCACCAGCAGCUACGGCACUGGUUGGCGGUGGAUACGCGCGUAGCUUCGCGGUCGUGGUGUUUGCUGUGCUGGUGAACCACGUUAGGAGGAUGCUCGCGCCCGCGCUGGGCGUGGGCGCGUUCGGGGGCCCCAUCGCGACUCUGAAACUCGCUGUAGGCAGUCCAGCGCUUUUUCUCAAGGAGGAGAUUGAGGUUGGCUUCUUCGGAAGGGUGUUCACCCGGGAAGGGGCAUCGAAGCUUCUCGGAGAUGUGAUUGGAACUGUCAUUUUUCAGCGUGUCUUGAUCCACUCUGCCUCGGAACUGGACCCGAUCAAUAGAGCCACCAAUUUCAGGCCAGAGAAUCCAAAUACAAGCAGGAGAGGGACAGGUGUAGAUGAUAUUCGGGUUAGGGCGAUCGAGAAGCGGAAGACUGCCGCGCUUGUCGUCUAUCUGGUCUGGAUUCUAGGAUGUGCUGAGUAUCUCCACGCGAGAGUGGCUCAUGUUGUGGCCGUCGGCAUUGCAUAUUCCAAGCUCUUGCGGGGCGGACUACUACACAAACAGGCUUUACGGGAGGUCCUUCUUCCCUUCACGUCGCCCUACUCUUCGUCGCUCAUUAAAUGUCUUGGGGAGGGUCUUAGCGUCGUUGGGUUUCAUCUCGAGCUAGUAUGCUCCAUUGCCUGGGGCCUCUAUCCUCUACUUAGACUCGCCACAGGCUCUACGCUCAGGAUGGAUCCGAGGAAGAGCAGACCUGAACUGGCGAUGUUGAUUGCUGCUUGGGCAUGGGGAACUGGGUACGUGACGAGGUACUCGAAUAAGUACUACAUCGGUCUGGAGAUCAGCGGACUCCUGCUCGUAAUGUGGUGGAUUUUCGCUUAUGGCAUACUCCUUAGCCUAUAUAUUCGCGAUCUCAAGCUUAGGCAUGGUGCUCGAGAGCUUAGCUGA